CUCAUGGCACAGGUCACGCUGUCUACACGCGCCACACAACACAAUCAACGUCGCGUCAGCUCGCGCCGCCGUGCGAGCGCACAUGCAGCCAUAGCCCCUCUUGAUUCGAUCCAUGUUCGGCCUCGCCCUGCUCCGCGAGCAUCAGGCACAGCACCAAAAUGUACACCAGGCGCAGCAUGGAGCUGCCCUGUGCUUGGCCCGCCCUCGUGGUCGUGCUGGUGGUGUGCGCCAUCGACGGGGCCGACCUGGCCAUGCUGGGCGCGGCCUUCAAGAUCUUCGAGGAGGAGCUGGGCAUGAGCCCGAGCACCCUCGGCAAGGUGGCCAUGGUCCAGAGCCUCGCGAUGUCCGCCACGAUGCCCAUCUGGGGCUGGAUGUGUGACACCGGCUUCGCCUCGCGGCGGGCGCUCUGGACGGCGGGCAUCCUGGGCUGGGCCCUCGCCAUGGCCGCCCUGGCCACGGCGUCCUCGCUGCGGACGAUCCUCCUGGUAAGGAUGGCCAACGGCGUGUUUCUGGGGAGCCUGAUGCCGCUGACGCAGAGCUGGGUGGCCGAGACCGUGCCGCCGGCCGCGAGCGGGCGGGCGUUUGGACUCUUGGGUGCCGCUGGCACGGUCGGCGGGAUCGCGACGACAAUGUUCAUCACCAGCGCUGGUGGCAGCACCGUGGCGCUCGCGGGCGGCGCCAUCAGCGGCUGGAGGCUCAUAUGCUUCGCGAUCUCCGCGCUCAGCCUGUGCUGCGCGGCUGCCGUGUGGCUCGUCAUGCCCGGCGGGGACGCGGGAGGUCAACGUGCAGGCGAGAAGCCUUCGCCGUACCACGCGUAUAGGGAGAUCGCAUUUAAUCUGCGCAGGCACUGGAAAAGCUUCAACUUCCGCAUUAUCAUGUACCAGGGUGUCACUGGUGGCAUCCCGUGGUCUGCCCUAGCGUUCAAGAUCAUGUUCUUGCGAUACGUGGGCUUCUCCAGUGGAGAGAUCAACGUCUUCACCGCCGCCGUGGUCGCCCCCAAGGUGCUGGGUGGCAUGGUGGGCGGAUUCCUGGGGGACUACGCCUCGCAGGCCUCUCCACGGCAUGGCCGUGCGAUAGUGGGGCAGUUUGCCGUUGGCUGCGGGAUCCCGCUGAUGCUUGCGCAGAUCGUCAUUUUCCCGAAGCUGAUCGGGGCCGUGCUGUGGCCUUACGUCCUGUGCGACUUCCUGUUCUUCCUGGUGGCCACCUGGACUCCUGCCGGUGUGAUCCGGCCCUUGUUCAUGGAGGCGGUGGACCCAAAGGCCCGGGCCUCCAUCGUGGCCUGGAAAGAGGCGCUGGAGAUCCUCUUCGCCAACCUGCUGGGCGCCCCCUUCGUGGGCUUCCUCGCCGAGCACUGCUUCCAGUACCAGCCGACGGCGCUGAGCGUGGAGGCGAUGCCGCCCGAGCUGCGGCGGCACAACUUCGCGGCGCUGCAGUGGUCCCUGGCGGUGAUGACGACCGUGCCGUGGAUCCUCUGCUUCGCCGCGAUCUCGGGCCUGCACUGGUCCCACCUCCACGACGGCGCGGGCGCCGCGGCGGGCCAGGCGGCGCUCCGGGAGAAGCGCCCCGGGGCCCCGGGCGGCUACGGCAGCGCGGCCGCCUAGGCGCGCCCUCCGCGCAGGGGCGGG